AUGGAUUUGAAGGAUGCGUUCGCCACGACUGGGUUCGUAACCCACGCGCUGAGACAUCCCAUAGAGUCAUUUUUAAGCAUUGGCCCAACUCUGAAUGAGGCCACCGUCGGCUUAGCAGGAUCAUAUUUCAAGCCAGAGCGCGACAUUGGAAGUCUGAAAGGAAAGGUCAUUCUUGUCACAGGCGGAAAUGCCGGCAUAGGCAAGGAAACUAUCCUCCAGCUAGCCAAGCAUGAGCCUGCUUGCAUCUACCUGGCUGCGCGCACAGAAAGCAAGGCAAAAGAGGCAAUAGAAUCGAUUCGGGCCAAAUUAUCUACUCCAAUUGACAUUCGAUACUUGCCGUUGGAUCUUUCAUCUUUUAAAUCCAUCCGGGCAGCUGCGGAACAGUUCCAAGCUGAUACUAACCGAUUAGACCUCUUGAUCCUCAAUGCAGGGACAAUGGGCAAUCCGGCCACAAAGACUGAAGAUGGAUUUGAGAUCCAGCUCGGUACCAACCAUGUCGGCCACUUCCUGAUGACCAAAUUGCUUCUUCCUACGCUGCAGCACACUGUUAUGAGUGCGCGAGAGAGUGGAUCUACCCCUGACGUCCGCGUUGUGACUUUAUCUUCCGUGGGCCAUGUUGUCUGUCCAACCUCAUUUGAAGAAAUGACGUCUACAUCCUCGUUGUUAGAGGCUAGUACUUGGACCCGCUAUGGCGCCUCGAAAGGUGCGAAUAUAUUGUUCGCUGCUGAGUUGUCCCGUCGGUAUCCAGAGAUCAUGUCUGUCGCUGUGCACCCGGGCGUGGUCAAAACUCCUCUCUACGAUCAUGUCAAAUAUACCAGCUCUUACGUGCAGCAUACUCUGUCAGUUGUGGAGUCUAUUUUCUUCCGAAAUGUAGCCAGUGGCGCUCUCAAUUCCCUAUGGGCUGCUACCGCACCAUUGGACAACCUGUCUAAUGGUGCUUACUAUACACCCGUUGGGAAUCGCAGUAAGGGUACAGCCUUUGUUCGAAGACAUGAUAUAGCCAAGAAGCUCUGGGAAUGGACAGAGGAUCAAAUUGCCGAACGAAGCUAA